AUGACUUCGAUCAGAGGAACAGAACAAAGCACUGAGCAGUCUAGAAGGUGCGCGGCGCGUUUCUGGAAGCUCUUUCCGCACCUGACGCUGUGCGGCACGCUGGCUGUGUACGCGGCGCUCGGAGCGCUCAUCUUCCAGCAGAUUGAAGGACGCAGCUCUGCCAGCUCGACCAGCUCUGAGGGGGAAUACCACACAUUUCUCUUUGAGAUCGUGGAGAAGGUCCAGAAUGACACCAAUAACGGCUUCAACACAACCGUGAUAGUGGAGAAUGUGAAGAAAAAGAUGGAAGAGUUCAACUCGGUAUGGUUCCAGAGUCCCAACAGAUGGAGCUUUGCUGAGUCCCUGUUCUUCUGCUGCACUGUUUUCACAACCGUUGGAUAUGGAGAGAUCUAUCCAGUUACCUUGACUGGUAAGGUGGUGUGUGUCAUCUAUGCCAUGGUGGGGAUUCCACUCAUGCUUCUCGUCAUGCUUGAUGUGGGGGAUUUUCUUGCUUUGGCGAUGUCCAGGGCCUACAGCGAAUUUCAUAAACUCUCUAAAUCUUUCCGCUCCAAUACCUGGUUACCAUGGAAGGCUCAGAAAAGAGAGGUGGAUUCAGAUGUCCACACCCUGAAGGAUAGUAUCUUUGUUUAUGGCCAUGACAUUGUCAUCUGUAAACCCCUAGACAUCCGACAUGUGAUGGACAGCCAGGCAGAUGUUCAGAACAAAUCCAUUCGUCUCCAAAACAACAAGGACAUCUUCGAAAAGAUUAUUGUAAAGGAGAAUUUAAUAAGGAAAGGCCCACUACAUAGGUCUCUCUCCUGUCCAGAACUUGACCUCCUGCCAUCACCACCUACUGGAUAUGUCAUAUGGGACUUCUCAGGGUUAGGGGAUGAAAUGGAAAUGUUGGAUGUACCCUUUGUACUGAUUAUUUUUGUUGUAACUGUAUACAUUUUCUUAGGUGGUUUGAUUUUACCAUUGUGGGAAAUGAAAAUCAAGGGAUUUGACUCCUAUUACUUUUGCUUCAUCACACUUACUACCAUUGGAUUUGGAGACAUUAUACCCAAAACACAACAAUUCUUUAUACUCACCUGGCUUUUUACUAUUAUAGGCAUGACCAUCAUGUCAAUGGCUUUCAAACUUAGUCAAACAAGAAUUGUAAGUUUCUACCGUAAGUGCAUUAAGUUCAUUAGCAGGGGAAAUGCUGAGAAAUUUGAAAAUGAAGUGUAA